AUGCAGCAUCAGCAGCAGCAGCACCAACACCAGCAGUCGCUCCCACCGGCGGUGCCCAACGGCAUGCAUGGGCAAUCCCCGUCGCCCUCAAUGAGACAGCAGCACAUGGCCGCCCCACGGUCGUCGACUUCAUCAAUCUCGAGCAGCAGGUUCACCCUCCCGGACAGGAACGUGACGGCGGACACCAUUGAGGAUGCCUACACCCACUUCGUCAUGUCCUGCAACCCGGCGGUCCCGCCCGACACGGACACGGCGGCGCUGCGGGCGGCAUUCCGGGUCCCGCCCAAGAGCGGUGGAAAGAGCUUCAGCACAUUUACCCUUUUCGAGCUCAUUAAGCAGUUGGAGACUAAGGAGAUUAAGACGUGGGCCGAGUUGGCGCUCAAGUUGGGCGUCGAACCCCCUGAUCAGGAUAAGGGUCAGAGUUCUCAAAAGAUUCAGCAAUAUGCCGUCCGGCUCAAGCGUUGGAUGCAUUCUAUGCAUGUGGGUGCUUUCUUUGAGUAUCUGAUGGAUCACCCUCAUCCCUACUGGACAGAGAUUCCAAAUGACCCAACUCCAGUGUGUGAAGCGGGCAGGGAUGGUGUGCUGGCAGAGGACGACAUGGCUCUUCGAGCUCUUUUACCACAGAUUCGGCCUAGGCGGGGGAGAAAAAGGCCGGAAGACGACGACUUCGCCAAGUACCCUUCACAACGAGCGAGGUUGGACUCGCCGCCGACGGGGACGGCUUACACAUCAGCCCGGGCAGAGACUUUGGGUCCAUGGUCCGCUCAUCCCGAUGGGCGGGCUACAUUCGGCUGCUCUGAUCCUUUGAAAUUGAGCGCCAACACGGGAUCGGUGACAGGGUGGCCUCCGGCCCCUGAUACGGCGCAGACACCGCUCACGGCAUACCCACAGGGCCCGAUGUCUGCACUCACGCCAUCAACUCGCAAUGGUGGGUUCUGGGGUGACGCAGAACCGAGGUCAGCUAUAACUCCCUCACGACCGAAAGCAUCUCACCGGCGGCACGGUGCCAAAGUUGUGUCUUCGGCGUGGAGGAGUGGCGGGCCGGGAGGCAGCGGCAAGACUCGAGGAAGACCGCCAAUGAACAAAACGAACACUGAUGGGCCAUUUGUGGCUCUUCCCGCCGAAUUCCCGGCGUACAAGCGGCCGAGUCCCGAGAGCAAGAUCGAGCCGGGCCCGAUUACACCCCCAGCGCCAAUACCUCAGAUCGCAACACCCCCAAUUGCGGUCCCAGACGUACCUCAGCCGCCGCAUAUGCCGCGGCCGGCUAAGCCGAGUAUCUCAUUACAAGUUCCAGAACGCCAAGGAGGAUCUGUUCGUCUCGCGACGCCGCCUCCGCCAAUCGUAAUGGUCAACGGGGACCCCCCGGCAGAAGCACCCGACAUACCAAACAUGACCGCCACGGGACCACCAUUAAAAUUCCCGCCCGGCCACAGCGCGGGCCUUCCCCCCGGUGCUAUACCGCCAGUAGACCUGAAAGCGCAGACUGUCCUGCCGGUCGACCCGCCCCCCGCCGCCAAAGGCAGCGGCAUACCACCGCUACCAAACGACAUACCCAUCGGCAUGUUCGAGAACAUGAAGGACCGAACCAACGUUGACGCCGUCCUGGGAUACUUUGCGCACGAGACGGCCAACGGCGACUGGGUCGACGCGAACAACAACACCAUCGAGAAUUGCAGCAUCGCCGAGGCCUACGCGCUAGUGCACACGACGGUGGAGAGGAUGUGGCAGACGGCGCCAAACCAGGACGCCUUCCUUAUUAAUCUUGCCGCGCUGGCGGGCGGGCGAGCGCUCAUGACGACGAGCAAGCUGCGGGUGAAGCGGGAGGAGGAGUACGAGGACCGCGCGACGUACAGCUGCAGCUGGGAGUUCCGACUGGGGACGAUACGGGGCAACUAUAACAUGGUGCAGACGGUCAUGUACAACCGGUGGCGGCGGCCCGAGGAGAAGCUGGAGAAGCCGAAUAUGAAGGGCACGGGCGGCGCCGAGUCGGAGUGGGAGAGGAAGUACCGGGACCUGCUGGCCUUGUCGGAGAAGAGGGAUAAGGAGAUUCAGGCUAUGCGGGCCGGGCUUACGGCGAUGCUGAACGAGACGUUUCAGGAUGCCAAGGAUCUUGAUAACAAGUGA